GGCUCUGACUCAUGGUCUCUCCCGGCUUGUGCCGUUCGUCCUUCUUGGCUCUUUCAUCCCGCAUCUCGUCUUUACCUACCUACUAAUGAUCCGUGUCACGACACGUAUACCCACGGCGGACGCUUUGGUCACCGUCGCAUUACCAUUACCCUUCUUGUAUACUACACUUACCCUUGUCGGCCUCACGGUUGCACUCGGUCCGGUUAUGGUUCUGCUUUUUGUUUUCUGUCUUCCUGAUUUUAUGCAUGGCGUUCAGGCUCGAAGAUACCAUUCUGGCACUCAUUCGGCCUCCCUCUUGUACUAUUAGACUUUUUCUCUUGUACUCUUUGCUUUUUGUCUUUCGCGCUAUCAUCAUACCCUUGGUCACAGAUUGCUAUGGUCGACAGACCAACCUAGGUCGUUGGACCUACCCUGUUGCAGCUUUACUACUGCUAUUGGCAGAAUUGAAACACGCGCCCAUGGCGCGGCAGCUUUCCAGCUGUCGUCUUCUCUUCAUUGCGUUGUUUCAAGCAUUGUUUCUUCUUGUAUCAGACUGGACUUGUACUCCCUGCUGUCGGCUGGUCCAAAUUGUAGCACCUGGGUUACCAUGUUUGUCGAUUGGGUCCAUUGACCUCCCUUUGAUGAUAGUAUUUAUUACAGUGACGAAUCAAAAUUGGAGCUGAGCUGUUUACCUCAAUCGUCUUCUCAUGCCGUC